CCCUGUAUACACGUACGUUUAAAUGCGCGCUUUGCAGCGUGACACUUCCGGCCAAAUUCCUCGUCCGAGAUGUUGCAGGCUGCAUAAAUACGCGUACAGCUGUUCGCGCUCCGAGUCGCAGGAGAAUCCCGUCGCGGGAUGCUGUCAACAAACGCACGCGUGUUGUUCGCAGAUAAAAAUCCGAUGUGUCGCUAAAUUUGGAGGAGUCUCACUCCAAGAGAGGCCGCUUCUUCGUUGUGUGUAAAAACUGCCAACCUUAUCGCAUUUUCCUCGCAGCAAAUUGUGGGUGUUCUUUUUAUAGAAUAGGCUCGCCUGACCUCCUUCGAGAAACUCCUCUCUUCCAUGGUUCACGGAUCAUGUUACGGCCAAUCUUUUAAAUAAUAUAUGUAUUUUAUUGACAUCCAACAUUAUGCCAGACAGGAACAAAGUUUUGGUCGGUGCUGGAGUAAUUUGGGGUGUAACUCUUUGCUGUCUUUUAUUUAGUCGCAAGUUAUUAAGACCCAUGGCAUUGUUAAAUUUUAUCCCCGCUCUCUUAUAUCGCAAUGAAAAAAUGAAGAAUGAAGAUGAACAGAAACAAAAUACAGACGAUGUUGGUGCAUCAACGAACUGUGAUAAUAAUGUACAUACAGAUGAGCAAAAUGAGGUGCAAAAUAGGCAACCGACACCAAACUUUAUGAUGGGUGGAUUAACGGGAGCAUCGCCACCGAAAUUCGUGUCCUUUGACGAAAUUAUAAAAACUGCCAACGGAAUGAAAAAUAUGGCCUUAGCGCACGAAAUCGCGGUGGAUAAGAAUUUUCAGCUGCAAAAAUUGGAACCGGAAGAUGGUAGCUUUCAUAGACGAGUGAAAGAAAUAAUGCACAAAGCUUUUUGGAAUCUGUUGGCGAAGAAAUUGGCCGAGGAUCCGCCGGAUUAUUCGCAUGCACUGGUUUUAUUGAAAGAAAUUAAAGAAUCCCUAGACGAGCUCGUGCCUCCUCAAAAUGCCAGAAUCAAAGAGAAUAUCAGGGAAGUGCUCGAUCUGGACUUGAUCAAGCAGCAAGCGGAGAAGGGUGUAUUAGAUUUUCAUCAUUAUGCGCAGUACAUAAUCUCUGUUAUGAGUAAGAUAUGCGCGCCAGUCAGAGACGAAAGGAUCAAGGAGCUCUCACAGCAGGUGGACAUAAUCGAGACAUUCAAAGGCGUCAUGGAACUGUUGCAGCUAAUGAGAUUGGACUUGGCGAACUUCACCAUCACCAUGAUGAGGCCGAACAUCAUUGCCCUGAGUGUCGAAUAUGAGAAGGCGAAGUUCGCUGAAUUCUUGAAGAUUAAUUCUAACGGUUUGCAACACACGGAAAGAUGGUUGCUGAGACACUUCGACCCGGAAAAGAUCGCCAGUUCGUCGAGCAGCGAUGCUAAUAAUAUAAGACAAAUCACUCAUUCUCUGGUAACGGAGGCAUAUCUCGAUCUUCUGGAAUGGGACUUUAAUCCAAAUGCUGAAACGCUGAUGUUGGAUCAAGGUAGACUUCUGGAGUUGCGUGAUAUAACCAGUAAAUUGAGCGUCAUAGGUUCUGUGAUAUUGUUGGUUAAUAAUACAAUCGGUGCACCGAUUCACGGGAUUUCGAGCUUUAAGAAAAAUAUUAAGGAGCACUUGAAUGCGCUGUUGGAUUCCGUACAUUCCAACAAGGAUUUGGAAGCUGUGAUGCCAAAUAUUGUGCUCCAAGUAAAAGAAGAUGUAAAAACAACUUUACGAGAAGUUGAUGCUCCAGAGUUGUCUCCAGAAUUAGAAACAUUAUUGGAAGGCCAGAUAGGUGAUCUUAUAGAUACGAAGCAUAAAAUCCGAUAUCUUGUCACUCUGCGAAUUAGACAAUUCCUACAGAAAAUCAUUCAGACGCAAUCUAUUGCGCCCCAACAAGUCCCGCCAGGUCUCUCUUCGCUGCAAGAGGAAUUAACUGCAGUUGCCGCCCGAUUUGUAAUACUUAUCUCGCAUAAUCGCAGCGUAUUUGGCGAAUAUUACCAGGACAUUGUCGCGAACGCUUUUGCGAAAAGCGAUAUUGACAAUAACAAGGAGAUGCAUGAAGCUCAUACCAUGGAAUUAUAAAAAAAAGGAGAAACUGGAAUAACAAAGUGAAAUCAUACACACAUUUAUAAUGUUAAAGCUCCUGGGUUUUUGCUGUUAUGUUAGAUGAUGAUGAUCUUUUUAUUUCGAAAUGACAGUUAAGAAUUUUUAGCGUGUUUUCUCGCUUCUGACGUCAGAAUCUAACAUGGCCGCGGCGAGUAUUCAGGAGCCUAAAAUGAUAUUCUCGUUAUGCCUCCUGUUCUGAGAAUAUGCACGAUUAUAUCGAAAUUGUUUAUAGCUUCAAUUGAUAGCGAUACUUUAGAUUUCUCUUUUUUGAAUGCUAUAUACGAGGUGCAAGUGUAUAUAAUUUUUCAUAUUUAAUUGU